AUCGCCGGCAACGAAUCUUGGAGCCUGCCGCUGUCCACGUCGAACAUGAACGAUGGCAAGACGUACGCGCCACCGUUGACGGGCCCUCCCAAUGCCACGGUGGUUCAAAAGUCCACCUACACACCUCUCCUCGAGCGCAGUGACUCGACGGCGUCGACUGCCCAAGUGAACCAACGAGUCCUCGUGUCUGCGGUUGCCAACUUUAGCACUGCGUACAAUCUAGCGAUCAUCGGAAGCGUCGUGCCUCUCGUCACCGAGACAAACCCGACAUUGGACAUGUCGUGCAUUCCCGCCAUCACGUCUUGCUCGCUCGUCGGCGCCAUUGUUGGCCAGCUCAUCUUUGGAUAUAUUGGGGAUGUUCUCGGCCGCAAGAAGGGCAUGAUCUUAACGCUCUUUCUUACUGUCAUCGGCGCCGUUGCGUCUGCCAUUCUUCCCUGGAACUCUUCCAUUUACUCAACCCUUGCGAUCUGUCGGUUCAUUCUUGGCAUUGGCGUCGGUGGUGUGUAUCCACUGUCUGCCGCAGCAGCAGCUGAGGGUGGGAGCGACCCGGUGGUGAACAACAAGCGUGUGGCGGCGGUCUUCAGCUUCCAGGGAUGGGGUCAACUCGCGAGCUUCUUGAUGUGCUACAUCCUUCUCGAAACAUCUCUUAGCCACGAGUGGACGUGGCGUGUCCUGCUUGGGCUCGGCGCUUUGCCUGGGGUGUUUGUCUUGCACGAAGCUAUCACGUCCGAGGAAACGAAGGCCUUCUUGAAGAGCCAACACAACCCGAACCGACUGCGCUUUUCGGCCGCCAUGCGACUAUAUUACAAGCAAUUUCUCGGGACGUCCUUGGGUUGGUUUUUGUUUGACAUUACGUUCUACGGCAACAUUCUCUUCACGCCGAUCAUUCUCGACGGUUUAUACGACGGAGUGGCCACGAGCAUGGUCGACAUUGCCCAGUUUUCUGUCUUUACGUCCCUGAUUGCGCUGCCAGGGUACUAUUUGUCGUACUUCAUGAUGGGCACCAUGGACUUCAAGCACAUCCAGAUGCAGGGAUUCUUCGCCAUGGCAAUCUUGUUUUUGGUCAUGGGGCUGUUUUACACGACUUUGCUGCCGCUCAAGACGCUGCUCUUCUGCAUGUACGCUCCACACAUGUCGAGUUGUGAUGCAAAGUUUGAUGUGUGUUGUGCUGGGAAGGUACGGGUUGACCUUUUUCUUUUCCAAUUUUGGACCAAAUGUCACUACGUUUUCGCUCCCGGCCGAGUUGUUCCCGUCCGAUGUCCGCGUUCAAUUCAAUGGCAUGUCGGCCGCUGCAGGCAAGCUUGGCGCUGCCGUUGGGGCGUACUGGUACGGCUAUAUUCAAGCAACGUCCGGCGUGUCGAUGGUGCUGGUUGUGUCGGGUCUCGUAUCUGUCUUGGGGCUAGCCGUGACGCAGUUUCUUAUUCCAUCCAAGCACUAUCGAUAGUUGUUUGUCACUGGUUCGCUCGCUGGUCUACUUUGGUGCACUCGCCAACGUUCGCCAUGGCAUGUGAAUACAUCGAACCAGGAACGUGUCGAAUGGGGGAAGGUCGAGCCCAAUGGAUUUGCCCAACGCGGACUCCACAGGUCGUCGUGCGCGCGGCUUUGCGAUGGAUGGAGGUAUCGUCUCGUUGGGACUGCACCAUGAGAACGAAAGGUUUCACCGCUGAGCCGCCGCGUUUGGCAAUCGUGGGAUUGGCACUGCCAAGUCUAGAUAAGCUCCACAAGUGCAAACAAUUCGAAAGUGCGCGGACCAUUUGCCAGCUCGACAACAACUUGACGCGGCAUUCACUCGAUGCCAAACGUGAAAUCGUGUCGACGGUGAGCUGAAAAUCACGCUGCGACAACUGGC